AGAGUUGGACAAGACAUCAUCAUUCUUUACACAGAUUUUGAGGAUUGAGGUGUGUUUUGUGUUCUUUAACAGUGCUUUCAAUUUGGAUUGCGAAGCAUUUUUUGAACUAAGAAAACUAGAGGCAACCCAGGAAGAAGAAUACAGGACCAGGAAUGACAGUAAGCCUCAGAUUUACUGUAGAGGAAAGGAAGAGGAACAAAAUUAUAUAUAAAGAAGUUCAUAUAUUUGCUUCAGGCUUCAUGCUGUAGGCUAUGGGAGGACUAUGGUAACAAACGAGUCAUAGAAACUCACUCAUACGACCACACAUUAUCAUUGACUCCGUAAAUAAGGUAAACCUUUUAAUAGUCACUGUGCUCUCUGCCACACAAAAUUAAUAUUGUAAAGACGUAGGUGAUAUAUAGAUAUACAUACAGUAUAUACACAUAAAAGUCCAGCAGACACACAUACAUUCACACAGGGACAAAUACAUAGACUUAAAGAACAUAAAGAACCAACACCCACACAAACUCCCAGAGGCAGCCAUGAGGGUUUUAUUGGUGAUAGGAGGCCUAACAAUCCUGGUCUCUAUGGGCCUGGCCCUGAUCGUCUUUGGCCAGCCCCUGACAGAAGCCAAGCUGACCUUGCAGAACCUGCAUCUGGAUCAGAUGCAGCAAGCUCGCGUCAACCAACUCAAGGAGAGGCAGUGGGUGGAAAACCUGCUGAAGGGGCAGUUAGACUCGAAGAAGAAGAAUGUGGAGGAGAUGGAGGCAGAGGUGAAGAAACUGACGGAAGAGGAGGGGAAGAAGCAGACUGAGGUCGAGACCUGCCAGGCAGAGAAGAAACAAAAGGAGGAAGUACUUGCACCCAUACAGAAGGAGCAGAGUGAUAUUGAAGCGACAUUCAAAACUGAAAAGGAGGCUUGGACAGGGGAGAUCACCACACUCAAACAGCAGUUGGAGCAGAGGAGCAAAGUGUGUGGUUUUGUGAAGAACUCAACAGAUACAGCGAAAUUAUGUCCACCCAAAGAAGGAGCAGCAAAAGCUGAAGCGGCCCCUGUAAAAGCUGAAGCGGCCCCUGUAAAAGCUGAAGCGGCCCCUGUAAAGGCUGAAGCAGCAACUGUAAAAGCUGAAGCGGCCCCUGUAAAAGCUGAAGCGGCCACUGUAAAAGCUGAAGCUGCCCCUGUAAAAGCUGAAGCUGCCCCUGUAAAAGCUGAAGCGGCCCCUGUAAAAGCUGAAGCGGCCCCUGUAAAAGCUGAAGCGGCCCCUGUAAAAGCUGAAGCGGCCCCUGUAAAAGCUGAAGCGGCCCCUGUAAAAGCUGAAGAGGCCCCUGUAAAAGCUGAAGAGUCCCCUGUAAAAGCUGAAGCUGCCCCUGUAAAAGCUGAAGAGACAGCUGUACAAGGUGAACCUGCAUCUGUAAAAGUUGAAGCAGCCGCUGUUAAAGCUGAAGAGGUCCCUGCACAAGCUGAAGCCGACCCUGCUCCAAAGCAGUAAAUGUCUCAAAUUUCUCUCAGAAUAACAUUAAUGUUCAUCUGAUGCUACGUGAGUUCAGGUACCACUGUUCCUCUACGACCCGCGCCUACCCAGAGAGACCUGCAGCCUGUCGCCGCUACCCAGCUAUUCUCCUCUGCUGCUAAGAAGGGGGCUCUUUUGUGAUUAUCAGAAGGACUUUUUGUUUCAUUUGUCGCCCUCUCUGCGGGUUGUCUAUUUUUCCAUUAUCUACAUCUGAAGAGGAUCUAUGUCUUCCCUGUGUUUACAUUAAAGGACUCUGUUUUUGUUAAACCGC